UAUUUGAAUGCCAAGACUUUAGACUUUAUUGCAUCAAUUUCUGAUUCUGAUGUUCAGGAAAUAGUGCUCGCGAAUCUUUAUAUAACUAUAACGAGAUAUCGGAAACAGAUUUUCAACGUGGCGGGAAUAUUAGGAAUUCAGAGGAGAAUAUUGAACGAAAAAGAUGGAGAAUUUUUACACUUAAAUCUCAAACCCCGGGUGUUAAAUGUCAAUAUGCUGCUCUGUAUCCACAUCCAUGAACGAUGUAGCCUCAGAAAAGUAUAAGAGAAAGAAAAAGGUUAGAUAAAAAGUACUUAUUAUGACAAACAUAACAAGUGAGCAACGGCAAGAGAGAAGAGGUCUGGUAUCCCGUUAUGAAUAUUGAGUGUUUGACUCCCUUAAUGAUGUAGCUUUAGAAAGGUAUAAGAGAAAGAAAAAAAAAUGGGUACAAUCUACUUAUUAUGACAAGUGUAACAAGUAAGCAUCGAGGAAACAGAAGAGAACGUUUGAACAUAGAGCGUUUAAAUUCCUUAACGAUGUAGCCUUAGAAAAGUAUGAGUGAGAAAAUGAAAAAUAAAAGUUAGGUAGAAACACUAUAGUUAUGAUGACGAGUGUAACAAGUGAGCAUCGAGAAGAGAGAAGAGAAGGUAUCCCAGUAUGAACAUAGGGCGUUUAACUCCCUUAUACUCUCUGGGUGAGGAUAGGGAGGAGACGGUUUACAUGCUGGAUGAGGAACCCACGGAUGACCAAGAUCGCUCCCGGCCGUGGUGGAGGAGCUGGAACAGGAAGUACGUGUUGCUGUGUGGCACGUGUGGCACCUCGGCCGUCCUGCUAGGCACAUUCUACCUCAUUAUCUACUUCGUGCUCAGGUCCUACACGUCAUCUCUUCAGUACUUCGAAACUAUACCCACCUACGUGCCCGCCGCUGUGCUGAUUGUGACGGGGCUGCUGGUGCUGUGCUUCAUCAGACGGAGGAACCGGUUCUCUUACCUGAUCAAGGUGAGCGGGUGUCUGUGUCUGGUGUGCGCGGUGUUGUGCGUCGUCGUCACCGUCACUACCACCGUCCUCCACAUGAACCGCCUACAGACCCUUCCAGAGUGUGAGUUCUUCCCCCACUCCCAGUCCUGCACCUGUACUCCCUACACAGGUGUUCUCGACCCUAGCCAGGAUGUGCGUUACGACUUCGCACUAGUGAGCAGCGGGAGUAACUGUGACGUCAUCCACGGGCCGCUGUACUCGUGUCUGCGGGCGCUGUUUGGCCUCUCCGUCAUCGGGAUUCUCGUCUCCAUCUUCUCCUGUAUGUUGGUCUACCAGCUCCUUAGCCACGAGAAGAAGAAGAUGUACUGGGAGCAGCUUGAGCACCGUCGACGCCUACUGUACCGCAGAGCCCCAGCGCCCAAUGCUUGUUCCUGCUGCGACGAGUAUGGUUUUGUGCCUCCAUCAGAGCUCUACCCCUGGCCACCCUGGGACACCCUCGAUGACAGAUACUGGGCAGGGGGUCAGUUUUACACCCCGGGCGCAGAAGACUCAUCGAAUGCAUCUCGUUCUGUACUGCUGGGGACUGCCACACCCCAGGGCCAAGGACCUCUCUGGCUGCCCUGGGGAAGUGGUUGGGGAGCUCACGGUGGUGCAGCACCCCAGCAACAACAAGCAGUCACCCCAGUGGAGGCAAACUCUGGUACCACAGCCACUACUGGGGAUAAUACUCAGAGUGAAGACACUCGAGCACAAGUAACUGGCGUCCUUCUGCGGCCAUUCCUGCCUCGGGGUCUUGAGAGUCGCUUGGGCCUCCGUCGUCAACAUCCCACUACCCACCACAGUCGCCGCCCACUCUCUGACCCAGGUGUGGUACUUCAGCUGCCCCGCUACCCACCACCAUUCACAGAGGCCUACUUACCACCCAUGGCAUACCAGGAAGCCUUCCCCAGAUACAUGUGGGGCCCUCCACCACCCUAUUCUCAGCCCACCUCUGCAGAAAACUUGGCCAUGCAAAUGUCACCACAUCAUCACCCAAAUUCACCCACUUCACCUACAGCUCUGCAAGGAUUAGUAGCUCAGGCUAUAAGGUCUUCCCCAGCUCGUCGUCCCCCAACACUGGCUGACCUGAUGAAUGGCCCAGCCAGUCCCACCAGUAACACACUGUCUUCCCCCAGUGAUGAUUCAGAAAUGUUAAGCUCACCUUCUCAAAACCAGCGUGUGACGCGCGGACGUCACAAGGGAGGGCCUACUGAACAAGGAGGAACUCUGGGCGGAUCCAGCUCACUUCCUUCCAGGCACCGCAACAGGAGGCUUCCUCUGGGUCAUGUCAAGUCACUUGGAGAUGUGAAUGAACAUAAACAUGAUGAACCUCUGGAGGUUUUAUUUUGUGAUGGGAAGGACAUUGCACCUCUUGAUAAAUUCCAGUCUCAGGCUGAUGUGCCACGAGAGGCUUACCGCACAAAGCACAUCAAAAGCAUCAGUGAUCCCAAAGUGGUUUAUACUAGUGGAAAAAUGGAACAAGAAUCAGAAUUAUAUUUUGCUGAUGUCUCGUCGUGUAUAUCAGUCAGACAAGAUGGGGAUGAGAUGUUGUACUACUCAGAACCAACUAGCUCUGCUAGUCAGAAUACUCCAUCUCCAAGUGACAAAGAGAUAUUAGAUGCUUCUUUGAAUCACACAUAUGAACAAGUUCGUGAGAAGGAUGAUGACAGCUCCCACCAUGCAUCUGAUGAUACCAUGAUUGUUCACACUUCAUCAUCUGAUCACAGUCUUGCUGCAGAGACUGAAAAUACAUACAGUGUAGUGUCUCCUUUGACAGAUAUGUCCAGUACAUCUCCCAUGAUAACUGAUACUGAUGCUUACUCUUGUUACACACCAACUACUUCUGGUCCUUCACCAUCUUCACCAAGUCAAAGAGAUAAUACACCAUCAACUCCCCAGUCAACAUUCAAUCAGAAUCUAACCCUACAUUCUAUCAGACAGCUCCACCCCCUCCACCCCUUACACCCUCUUCAUCACAUACACCAUAUACACCCUGGGGGGAGGACUCAUCAUAAUGACAAUGAUCCUCUCCCUUCCCAACUUAGUGAAUGCCAAGAUGGUGAAGCUGAGGCUGAACACUGCUAUGAGACACUGCCAGGUUGUGAUGGUGAUGCUGCAGCCACACCAAUACCUUCCAAUUCUAUUGAACCCCAACAGGAGGUGCCAUCUCGCCUUCCAGAUGCAUCAGACCUGAAUGGAAAUGUUACUCUCACUGAAGCGAUUGUCCACAUGGGUCCUUCCCUGACUGACAGCUCUGCAUCCAGUCAUCCAACAUCCUCAAGACCUUCCAGAGCAAACUUAUCACUCCCCCUUCGCCGGGUGCUGUCAUCUUCUAAUGCUAAUGCUGAUGAGAUAACUGAAGACACUCCUACCCCAGACUCAGAAAUGGUUUCUCUGGAUCAAGGUCGGAGUGGAGGAGGAAGACGUCCAGGUGGAGGUGAGAGGAUAUCAUAUCAUAGCUCAGAGCCAAACACUCCGGCUGAGAGAAGAAUACACUCAGUACAAGAUCUUUUGUAUACUCUGAAAUCAGUGAAUGUUUAGAGAAGACAAAAUGGAUGUUUAUUGAUAUUUAUUAGGUGCAAAUGUUUGCAAUAGUCAAUGAUGCAAUUUGAUUGAAAAUACCGGUAUUUAGAGUGAUUUAAGAGUCUGUGUGAUUGCUUAAUGGCAGUCCCUGUGUUUAAUUUAAGGAUGGAAUGCUUGUCAUUUAUUGCUGUAAGAACAAACAAUUAAUUUGUUAUGGACAUAUGAAAUAUGCGAUACAUAACUACAUAAGGAAUUGUCUAUGCAAAUCUUCAUGUUCUUAGCUUGGUCCAUCACCCACUGCACUAUGAUAGUUCAUCAACAACUGCAGUUGACAUUGACAAAGUAGUAGUCAUAGAUGAAGUGUUUAUACCACAGCUGAGCACCAACACCUGUGGUCCUCCUCCCUAUUAUAUUAGACAUUUUAUAAGGAAAGUGAGGUUAUAAUAUUAUAAAGAAAAUUUUUAUAGUGACAUUGAUAAGUUGGUUAGAGGUAGUUCCUUCAACCAUCAUUUUUGUUUUUGUAUGUAAAAGAGUGAGAUGAAAUGUUAUCAUGUUCUGAUAAACAUUUUUCCUGUGAGUCUUUUGUACUUAAAUUUCACUUUAAUAUUAUUUAUACAUUAUUUAAUGGAGAUUAUUGACAUUGUAGGAGUCAUUACAUUUUGAUGAGGAUAAUUUCAUAUAAGUAAAUGAGACUGCAUGAAAAAUGUUCCUGUAAUGUAAAAGUACUUUGAUUCACUUUCUCAGGAGAAAAAAAAAGCUCUUCCACUAUCUUAAUUAAUUUUUUGAGGGUCACAUGUAAGCUAUAAGACCAAAGUAUUACAACUGUAAACUCUGUCCCUCCUUCUUACACAUUAUGGGCUCAACUGUUAAUGUCUGUACACUUCUAUUUAUCUAAAAGGCAUUAAUUUUUUUAUCUCGGCAGCAUUAGUUACCAAGUACGAUAGCCCUAAGUACCUAUUCAAUCUUGGGUCACCAUAUUUUUAUUAAAUUAUUUGUUUCAUACAACUGUCUUCCCUUAAGUUUUUCUUCAUAGUCAUUGGUCUUCUGCUUAUUCCUGCCACGUCACUCAAACACAUAGUUUUCAUCUGUCCGGUGAAGUUAAUAGCAUGUAUGGAACAGUUCUCAUUUGUGUUCAGAAUUAAGUACAGUAAUCCUUUUCAUGACAUCAGACACCAUAAGUUAUAAGAAAAUAGUUUGCAUUCAUUAUCUGUGAGAUCACUGUCCAAGAAACAAAGCCAGACAGUAUUAUCAUGGAGUUAUUCACUGUAUAUUCUGGAGUCAGUACAUGCCAGUACUUAUCAACAGUGCACAACAUAGACAUGACCAAUCACCCUAGUGGCAAAGAGGGUAAAGUAUCAGAGUGGUAUUUCCCACGGUACUGCACUGUAUUAUGCUAUUCACUGGCAUGCUGGUAUAUCCUGUGGCAUGAUGUUAAUGUAUUGUGCACUGGGCCUUCCACUAUUGAUAAGUCCCCAGGUUAGGGCACUUUACUUCCCUAAAGGAUACCAACAGUUCAGUGGUAACCUCCUGUUAUAAGGUAAGUACAGUACAGUACAGUACAGUAUACAUAAUGCUUUUAUUUUUAGUGAGCAAAUUUAGUCAUUUAGUUUGUGAUUCUGUUGAUCUAUUGAGUAAAUUUAGUAUUGGUAAUCAAAUUUUUGGUCUUGUUGUUUUCAUCUUUGUCUUUCCCAAAUGACAAUUUUCAGUCACAAGUAACAGGAAAUGGUGCAGGUGUUAAUAAGGCGGAGGACUUGUAGGUAUCUGAGUGAAUUGCUGUACUGUUUGUCCAUGAAUCUGAUCUCUGGAAAAUAUAUAAGGAAUAUGGAGUUGCUGGAUGUGUAGAGUAACAAAAAUGCAUAAGUACAGUAUCCUGUAAGUUGUCAUCACAUUGUACAUGAAUUAGAAAUAGAGAAAAGUAUGCAGCUAAUACUGUACACAAUUUUUAUAUUAUAAAUAGUGUAACACCUGAUAUAGUGUAAUCAUAAAAUACUGUACUGAUUUUACAAAAAUUUUAUUGUUUUGGAGGGAAAGUAUAUAUUAUACCAGGUAAUCUUAGUCAUAGAUCUUAUUGUGAUGAUGAAUAGUGAGACGAUAAAAGCUGGUUAUUUUAAGUUCCAGUGAGAUAAAAACAUAAUUACCUGUUAUACUGCACAGUAAAAGUAGAUUUAUCAAUGAGGGACAUUGAAUAUCAUUAUGAAUUAUCAGUAAAAGUGAUCUGAUAUUAUACUGUAGGUACAGGUAUGCAUGCUGUAGUACUGUAUUGUUAGGGUUAUUUGCAGUGUUCCUAUCAAUACAGUAAUACUGGAGUAGUGAAUCAAGUAUGGAAGGUUUGACACAUUGUACUUAAAAGGAUUUGAGUUCUUAAGAGAAAUUGAUUUGUUAUUUUUUUUAUGAAUUUUAAAUAAACAAUAUUGUGUUGGGGUAAUAACUUUUAAAGACAUUUUCAAAUGCUUCAGUCAGCCUUAAUAAAUAGGAAUCGAAAUGCUUGAGAAUUGAUAUAAAAGGUAAACUAUAUAUGGAAGACAAAAAGUGACGCCAUAGUUCAGGGCACAGGUGGAACAUACAGUACAGUACUCAACAUCUACAUGUAUUUAUCAUUUCAUCACUUAAUCAAUUUUACUCUACUAACUGUUCAGGCAAUGUAUUCUGUUCUUUUAUUACCUUCUCAUGACCUUUAUUAUUCAGUGUUAGUACAGUAUAGAAGGAAACCAGAGUACCCAGAGAAAAAUUACAAUGUUUGGUAGGGCAACACCCAUCUCACAUCUGUUCCAGGCUAGGGCUUGACCCCAAGACCUAUAGUGGUGAGAGAUAGAGAGAUACACACAUUACCACUAUACCCUCCCCUUUUUAAGAUUCAAAAUAUUCAUCAUUCAUAUCUGUUCAAAGCAGGUAUUCAGCAUUUAUAUUUACAAUAGAUGUAUUACUGCAUCAUUAAAUCCUGCUCUAUGGGUACUGUACAAUUGCAAACAAAAGAAAAUGUUCCAAUCAUCUGUAAUGCAUUGUGAUUAUUGUACUGUAUAAAUGAAAGAGUCUCUUAUUUCCAUGUAACUAAUUACUUGAUAUAAAGACAAGUAAAUGUAGAAAAUAAUAGCAUAAUCUAUGUUACUGUACUGCCAUAAACCUUGUGAUAAUUUUCAUUCCCUAAGUAAGUACCUGUAUACUGUAUAUUGACUCAACAGUUCAUGUGACUGCUCCUAAGAGGCAUUGUUGUGUAUCCCUGUCUAGAAAUUAACUUCAGGUAAGUAAUUUUGCAGUAGUUUCAAAUAAAGACAAUUCUCUGAAUGCAUCCACAUCCUGUUAUCUGUUAUGUAGGUUAAAAUGGUCUUGAGUUUCAGUGUACGAGUUUGAAUGAGAAUUUACUUAGUAUGGCCAUGCUUGGCACUAUCUACCUGUUAAUACUGAGCUACAACUCGGAUUAUUAUGUACUAUUGUACAAGGGCAUUUCUAGAACUAGAUGGGCGUGGUACAGAUACUAUACUACUACCAUUUACCAUUUAUAGACCAAAUGCAGUUCUUAACAUUCCAUUAUGAUGAAACGUUAUCACUACAGUAUUUACAUAUGUUCAAAAUAAAUAGUGGGCAAAUAUAUACUGUAUUGUAUACAUAUAUAUAGUACUGUCCAUGCAUUUUGUUUUCAGAACUACGAAAUAUUAUGAGUAGACGUCUUAAUAGGUACUCUCACUGACAAAGGAAAUCAUAAUUAGAGUAAGUCUUUUUUCAUGAACUUGAUUCCAGUAUUUUAGGAGCAGUUUGUGGUAGGUUGUCAGGGAGAGUACCUUGAGUUUACAUAGAAAAUAAACAAUGUGUUGAAUAUUGUUCCUUAAAUCAGGGGAAAAACUAACUGUUAGAGACCAAGCAGUAGCUAUUGCUGUGUAACUACAUGUACUACUAACUGGUCGGCACUGACUAAAUGAGACCAGUUAAUUCUUACUAACUGGCUUUACAGAGUUUGGCUGAUAGUUCACAAAUGGAUAAGUCCAGAUAAUUGAUACUUGUAUGUCUACGAUCUGAUGAAUUUGUUGCUACAUACUGCUGAUAUUGAUUGAUGGACGCAGGGGCACACCAAGGGUAAGACACAGUGGGUACAUCCCUGCUCACCUCUUUUUCCAGGCACCAUCUUAAAUUUACAAAACAUUUUUACCACUGAAGAAGUUCCCAGUGCUUUGCAUAUACUUUACUGCAUGUAAUAGUGCAACCCCCUACCCCUCCCACACACACACACACACACACACACAGAAAAAAAAAAGAUGGGUAGGCCUACUUUCCCUCCCACCCCUACCUCACCAUUAAAUUUCUGGGUGCACCCCUGAUAGACAAAGUGACUGAUAGAGAUGAACAAGAAAACAAUGAUGGGUAUAGACCAACAAGUAGACAGUGACUUGUUUAAAUUAACUGGUACAGAUUGAGUGGACUGACUGGCAUAGCCCAAUAAUUUAACAUGGUUAGGUGGACAGUGAUUGGUAGAGACAAGCAAGGAGAUAACAGUAUUGAUUGGUGUACUGUGACACAGACUGACUGAUAGGUAGUGACUAAUGCAACAACUAUAUAAUGGUGAUAGUUAUUGUAGAUGACGAAGAGUGAUAGAAACCAAUCAAUAAAAACAUGACAGAAACCAAACCAUAGGCUUGGGUUAAAAAACCAAGGGAUGUACUGUAUAUUAAUUGACUGAAACCCAGGUGUUACAAGCCAGCUGGUGGAAACAGCUUGACACCACUGCCUCUGUGAUGGGUGGUUGUGUUGCUGGUGUUAUAGUAAUGUAAGCUAAGACUUGCCACAAUAGACAUUGUAGUGUGUAAGGCUCACAAACACUCAGGUCCAUGUUGUCCAUAUCUCCAGUCAAAUUUUGAAUGUUCUGUACGUUACUUUAUGGGCUAGCCUUUAUUUGUACUUUAUUUAUUUAUUUAUUUUUUCCUUUUUUUGCGAGAAAAUUUAAGGACUGUUAUUUUAUGGAAUUUAGGAGUGUAAUAGUAACGUGAAUUUUAUAAAUUUUAUUUGAUAUUGUUUGCUGAACUCGGGGGAAUAUAAAGUUCAUGUACAAUACAUUAUAAUUUUACCUCCAGUUUCAUUGUUGUAGAUAAUAUUGUUUUAAUAUGGUAGUGUUGCUGUUCAGAAUCUUUUUUAUUAUUAUUAUUAUUUAAAUUUUUAAAGUUUAAUAUCUAUAAAUCUGUUUUUGUAGUGUUGUAUGUUGUACUGUACUGCUCCCUAUGGUUUUACGGGCAUUUGAAAAACAAGUGUUGUACAGAGUGACCAAAAUGUCAGUGUGGGUAAAGUUAACUCUUAAGACAUUCAACUUGCCUAUUGUGUGAUUAUGAUAUAUGAUGUGUGUGCAAUUUGGCUUUGCUUAGGUCUUCAUUAGAGUUCAGAAUUCGUAAAAUAUGACUACAGUAUAGGAUUAUCAUGAUACUGUACCUAGUGAAAUACAUAAUGCAAUGUUUACCAUAUGUAUUGGCCUGCAAACAGUCCUAUGUAAUGUAGACCGACAGCACCAAAAAUCUGUUCUUAUUUUAAAACCAAAGCUGUGCUAACUUACAUGUACAGUAAGUUGUUAUACAAUAUUUCCAUACAAGUGCUUUUUUACGGAACAUUUUGAUACUAAGGUAAAUACUCUAUGAGUUUUUACAUAUCCGAGAUAAAUUUGUAUCGCCUAAGCUCUUUAUAUACAAAUAUUUGUCAACAUAUGUUACCCAGAUCUGAUACAUUAUUCUGUUACAGAAAUGCUCCGUCAAUCUAGUCUUUGCACUGAAUGAAAUUUUCCAAACAUACUGGAGGAAAAUUCAUUUGAAAUAAAACCCGUGAUUGAAUUUUUUUUUUUAAACUGAACUUUCAAUCAUUCCAUAAAUACCGAUCUAUUCCCAGUGUUGAUUCACAUGUAUUAUAGAACUAAAUUGUAAUAUUUGUGGUAUGUAUUUUCUUAAGAUGUCUGUGUAAACUUUGUUGUUGUAUAAUACUCUUUUUCAAAAAUACGUGGCUGUUACUUUUCCCAUGACUUUAUAAGUGCCAUUCCAUUGUUAUCUAUGUAUGUUGUGUUUGCAUAGUAAAGUCACUCUGUAGA